GAAGCAGAGAGCGCCCGAGCCGGUGCGUGCGCGGGGACGGCGGGGGCGGGGGACCCACGAGUCCAACAGCCCGGACACCGGGCUCGGAAACGCCACCCGGCCUCGGGCCCCUGCUUUCCGGAAUCCUGGCAAGCCCGGGGAACCCAGGCUGGGGGCGGGGAGCGGGGAGUUGGGGUUCCCCGGGCCCAAGGCGAUUCCCCCGACCUGGGGCGGCGAAGAGACCCAACACGGGCUACUCUAGGUGCCCGGGGCCGCGAUCGAAGGAGACACACGCCAGGGGCGAUGGGCAUCCCGACACACGGUCGGGAUCCGCGUGCUUGCGCGUCCACCUUACCGCGGGAUGGGCGGCCACCGCCGAGCGUCUGCGAGGCAGUCGGACGCACAGCUCCGGAGAUCUCCCGGCCAGGCGCUUUUAAGGACCAAAGCGGAACCCAGAGACUGGGGCCGUGAACUCAGGGGCUUCGCCACUGAUUGUCCAAACGCAAUUCUUGUACGAGUCUGCGGCCAACCGAGAAUUGUGGCUGGACAUCUGUGGCUGAGCUCCGGGCGCAACAGGGGCGGGAGCCGCAGGGACCGAGCUCAGGCGGGCGAGACCCCUCGGUCGGGCGGCGGCCGGCUGGCCCCAGCGCCAGGAUCGCGGCCCCGGCCAGGAGCGCAGAGGAAGGACGCGGGUCCCUGCCGCCAGCGCCGCCAUCCUCGUCUUCGUCGCCGCCGUCGUCCUCCUUCUCCUCCUCCUCUGCGGGUGACCAGUCCUGCUGGAGGGGUCCUCCAGUCGAUCGCGUUGUUUUCCCAUUUUUCAAAUUUCGGCUGGGAACGAAGCUGGCACACGGCGGCGGGGCCGAAUGUGGUCCAGGGUGCCCGCCCUCGGGCCGAGCCGCAGGAAGUCGGGGGCGAAAGAUGCCGGCGGAAUGCGCUCGCUACCUCGUUUUGAAUUGGUUCUCACCUGUCCCCCACCAAUAACCUCCAAACAAAAAGAGCCUAAACCGACCCUUAAACCCCCCAUAAACCGACCCCUCCCGCCAGCCCCUCCAGAGGAACGGAUGGGCUGAGCCUCCUCCAGCCGCUGCCGGAGUCGCAGCUCGGAGAAGCGUGGGGAAUCGUGCGCUCCAGCCCGGCAAACCGCCUCGGCUUUGGAACCCGAACUUGGACAAAUGAAUCCUUUUCAUUAAAGACUAAUCUUCGGAUAUAGUGGGGUUUAUUUAUUCGUUUAUUUCCUCACGAGCGGGGGUGAGGAGUUGCCUGGGGGGGCAGCAGCUGGGCAUUGCUGGGGCUGAGCCUAGGUCACCUGUCCCUGACCCCUCUAAGACUCUGGGCUGAAAAUCACCUAUAAUGCUGUGGCCCCUGGCCCUGGACAAUUUCGGCCUUGGCACUGGCAUCCCCUCGUGCCUCAGAGAACCUGCGCAUCCUCCUGCCCUACUGCUCCACGUUAACUGGGGUGCAGACGUGGAACGGAUAUUCCGUAUCUACCCCCGUUGCCCCAGUGUGGGUGGGAAAGGAAUCCUCGGGCCCAGUCUCCAGGACUUGGAACCCUGGGUGGGACAACAGGCCACUCUAGUAGGACUGGAG